AUGUCUACUAUAAUUCACAAUUUAUCAACUGAAUAUAUAAAUAUAGGGUGUAAUAGAGUCUCACAAGUGGCUGCAUGGGGUAUUGAUGGUUUAGUGGCAUUUGGUGCUAAUAAUUAUGUUGCUUUAUAUUAUCCAGAAAAUCCUGAAUGUAAAGGCGUAAUUGAAACAUUAGAAGGUCAUACUGAUAAAGUUAAUUGUGUGAAUUUCAUUAACAGAGGAGAUGAAUUUAAUCAAAAAAAUAUUGCCAUUGUAUCUGGAUCAGUUGAUAAAACGGUUCGGAUUUGGAAGAAAUCAACAAAUAAAUGGGUUAAUUCUGCAGCCUUAGAAUCACAUGUUGGAUCUGUUAAUACCUUGGGUCUAUUAAGAGCUAAAUCAAUUCUAGUUGAUAAAGACUUGAUUGCAACAGGUUCAGCUGAUGGAACUGUGAAAAUUUGGGAAAGAACUAUUAUAAAUGAUACACAAGCUUUAUCUUAUCUUCCUGAAUCAAAGGCUUUAAUAUUGGCAUGUGGUAGUACUGAUAAAAAAAUUUCUUUGUUUGUACAAAAAAAUAAUCAGUUUAUUGAAAUUUUGUCAUUGCAAGGCCAUGAAAAUUGGAUCAGAUCUGUUGCUUUUGCAACUUAUACAAAAGAUAAUGUUGAAUCAAAUUUAGCAUUUCAAAAACAUUAUAAACUAAAAGAUGGUGAUUUAUUAUUGGCAAGUGCAUCACAAGAUAAAUAUGUUAGAUUAUGGAAAAUGUCUUGUAUUGGUAUUGUAGGUGAUUACAACAAAAAUGAUGAAAAUGGUGAAAGCAAUCAAUCUAUACUGAAGGAAAUGAUGACUAAUUUAUCUGAAAAUACAAUGCCUGAUAGGAAGGUACAAUUGAGCACUAAAGCUCAUAUAAUAGACAUUAAUGUAUCUGAGGCUGAAGCUUUAAAUGCGAAUAUAAUAAAAAGAUAUAAUAUAAUCUUUGAGGCUUUAUUAACAGGACAUGAUAAUUGUGUUUAUAGUGUGAAUUGGCAUCCGCCAUGUAUUAUUAAAGAUCCAGAAGGAGGUUUUUAUUAUCACCAACCAAUGGCCCUUCUCACUGCUUCAUCUGACAAAUCAAUGAUGAUAUGGAAGCCUGAAAUUGAAACAGGUGUUUGGGUUACAGUAGGCGAAAUUGGUGGUUAUACUUUAGGAUUUUUUGGUGGUCUGUUUAGUCCUAAUGGGAAUUACAUAUUAGCUCAUGGACAUACUGGUGCUUUUCAUUUAUGGAAAAACUUAUCUAAUCAUCAAAAUGAUCAAGAUUGGCAGCCACAAAUAUCAAUAAGUGGACAUUUUAAUUCAGUUCAAGACAUCUCAUGGAAUCCAACAUCUCAAUACCUUAUUUCUGUGAGUCUUGAUCAAACAUCAAGACUUUUUGCUCCAUGGUGUCGAGAUAUAGAUAAUGAUAGAAAAAUUAUAACUUGGCAUGAAAUUGGUCGUCCACAAAUUCAUGGUUAUGAUUUAAAAUGUAUUGCUUUUAUAAACCAAUGGAGAUUUGUUAGUGGAGCUGAUGAAAAGAUAUUAAGAGUAUUUGAUGCACCAAAAACUUUUAUUAGAUCAUUAUCAAAACUAUCUAUAAAUAAAAAUCUGGAAUAUAUAUCGUCAACACAACCUGUAGGAGCAAAUCUUCCAGCAUUAGGUUUAUCAAAUAAAGCUAUAUUUCAAAGUGAUAUAGAAAAAUUAUCAGAAAUUGCAGAAUCAGAAGAAUUUUUAAGCAGACAAAAUUAUUUACAUUCAUCAUCAGCACCAAAUUCUUUGAUGCAGACUUUAAAUCAUCCACCAUAUGAAGAACAUCUUCUGCAGCACACUUUAUGGCCAGAAAUUGAUAAAUUAUAUGGUCAUGGAUAUGAAAUUGUAUGUGUUGAUGCAAGUCAUGAUGGAAAAUAUUUGGCUUCUGCAUGUAGGUCAACAAUUGCUGAACAUGCAGUAAUUAGACUUUAUGAUACAAAAACAAUGAAAGAAUUGUCAAAUCCAUUACAAUCUAGUUCACUCACUGUAACACGGACAAAAUUUUCUCAUAAUGAUGAGUAUUUAUUAACAGUGUCAAGAGAUCGAUCUUGGACUUUGUUCAAAAGAUGUAAUGAAACACAUGGGCGUAUAAUAUGGGAUUGCUCUUGGAGCCAUGAUGAUAAAUUAUUUGCUACAGCUUCAAGAGAUAAAACAGUCAAAUUUUGGAUUGAAGAUUUAGCUAAAGAUGAAGGAGCAAAUGAUGUAAAUGAUAAUUGGAAUUGCGUAGCAACAAUUAAAUUGAAUGAAGCAGUCACAGCUGUUGAUUUUUCACCUAUUAUUGUUGAUAAUGGGUAUUUGAUUUCAAUUGGAUUAGAAAAUGGCAAAAUUUUGUUUUAUCACUCAAGUCAUCAGGCCUUAAAAGAUUGGAAGAUGGUGUCUAAUGUUGAGAAGAAUGAAUGCCAUGUAUCAAGUAUAAACAGAUUAAUGUGGAGUAAAUCACCAAUAAUAAUAGCAUCAUCAUCAUACACAAACAUCCAUAAUAACACUUCAAUAUCAAAAGAUCCAAUUAAAAAAUCUAUUACUAAAUUACAAUUAGCAAGCUGUGGUGAUGAUG